AUGAUGAAGUACAUUAUAUUCAUCACACUACUCCUCUCCGUCACCCCUGAAGCCGCUCACGGCUUACACGGUCCUCAUGAGCUGGCUGUGGACGCUGCGCAAUGGGCACUCGAAGGUCAUUCUCACGAAAGGUAUCUGGCUAGGACUUUCUUUGGUGGAGAUGUAAGCUAUGCACCUGAAAAGGUGUCUUGUCCCGAGGAAAAAGAAUGGCUUUGGACUGCUGAUAAACUCGCUAAAGGUGAAAAAGCAUUCCUCGAAAAAAGAGAGAAGGUAGUCAAGAUUGCAGUGGAGAAAAUGAUGAAUCAACACGAACUCCCUGUUCCACCUCGAACACCUGUCAUCGGAUAUGCAAUUUCAGGAGGAGGUUAUAGGUCAAUGAUAACUGGCUUGGGAGGGAUGAUGGGAAUGACGAAGGAAAGUCCCGAAGCUGUGAAAGCUGGUACAGGAGGAUGGUCCGAUGCUAUCACUUAUAUGGCAGGAUUAAGUGGUGGAUCAUGGGCAACGGGAAGCUGGAUUGCUAAUAAUGGGAUGCUACCUACCGAUUUGCUUAAACAAGUAUGGGACCUAAAAUCCAAUCUCAUCUACCCUGACAAUGAUAAAUUCUUCUUUUAUUCAAAUUUGAUCGGUCAAGUAGAUGCGAAAAGAGAAGCUGGAUUUCCAACUCAAUUAUCAGAUUAUUGGGCACUGGCACUAAGUGAACAAUUACUGCCAAAAGCAUAUAGAUUAAAAGGUCAUCCCGAUUUGACUAUGUCACAAUUACCUUCUAUAGUGAAAAGAUUGGGUGAAGGUGAUUUACCAAUGCCAAUCAUCGUUGCCUCUCAACGAGAAGAAGGUGAAUAUGUUGUCGCUCAAAAUUCAACUGUAUGGGAAUUUACUCCUUACUCAUUCGGUUCAUGGGCCUUUGGAUCGAAGAAAAAGGUACCAGGAGGAUUCACACCUAUAGAAUAUCUAGGUACCAGAUUGAACGAUGGGAAAGUGAAUGGAACUUGUUAUAAAGGAAUAGAUAGAUUAGGGUAUAUAAUGGGUACCUCAGCAACCUUAUUUAACGGUCUACUCUUAGAAUUAAACUCAACCAAUUCGAACAGUAUAAUCGUAAAGGCAAUAAAAGAUAUGUUAUAUGAAAUUGGGAAAGAUCGAUUUGACGUUUCUAGAAUUCCUAAUCCAUUCAAAGGAUGGUCAGCACAAGAAAACCCUAUUAAAGAGUUCGAAUACUUGACUUUAGUAGAUGCUGGAGAGACUGAUCAGAAUCUACCUCUCGAGCCAUUACUGGUACCAGAAAGGAAAGUAGAUGCCAUAAUCGCGUUCGAUGCCUCUAGGCAAACAAUAACUUCUUGGCCUAAUGGAAGUUCCAUUCACACAACUUUCAACAGAGCUUGUAUACUUCAUGAGAGGGAUGACACUCAGAUUAAGAUGCCAGAAGUACCAACUUCGAAUGGAUUCAUAAAUGGUCGAUUAAAUACUAGACCUACAUUUUUCGGUUGUGAAGAUCAAACAACCCCUUUAAUCGUCUAUAUACCUCAAUAUCCAUGGACUUACUAUUCCAAUAAGUCAACUUUCCAAUUGGAAUACGAUGAUCACUCAUCUCUUGAAACGAUGCUGAACGGAAUGAGGUCUUUGACUCUCAAUAAUACAGUUCCCACCUGGCCCAGAUGCCUUUCAUGCGCUCUGACAGAUAGGUCUUUCUCCUACACAUCUCACAACCGAAGUGAUGUUUGUGCCCAAUGCUUCAAGACGUUCUGCUGGGACGGCAAGAACGAUGACUCGACACCUAAACACGGAUACAGUCCUGUAAUGGGCGUACCUGACUGGUUGGAGGAUAUGCAUUUGGCAAAAAAUCAUAGUAUUGGUGGAAAGGAUGGCACAGAUGGCUGGAAAGAUGAGAUCAAAGCUGGAUUAAGUGAAGGCGGAUUGAAAGACUGGGCGACCGAAGUUGUUAAGAAGGUUGGAAAGAAGAUGGGUGUUAUCUGA